AUGACGUCAGAAUGCAACAAUUGUACCCAGUCAUUGUAUAAAACUGUUUUAGUUAUAUCUGGUGGUUCUCUAUUAUCCGCUUUAACUAUUACCGGCAAUUUACUUGUUUUGAUUUCUUUUCGUAUUAAUAAACAAUUACGUACGGUAACAAAUUAUUUUCUUCUAUCACUUGCCAUUGCCGAUUUUACUAUCGGAUUUUUUUCCAUACCCAUUUUUACUACAUACACAGUAACGAAUACGUGGUCAUUUAAUGCAUUUUUAUGUAAUAUUUGGUUAAGUGUAGAUUAUACAAUGAGCAAUGCAUCCGUCGCCAAUUUAUUAUUGAUUUGUUUUGAUCGUUAUUUUUCAAUAACACGUCCAUUGACCUACCGUGCUAAACGAACACCUAGACGAGCAGCUAUCAUGAUAUGUUUAGGCUGGACAAUAUCCUUUUUCAUUUGGACACCGUGGAUAUUUGCCUGGCCAUAUAUUGAUAGCUCAGUAAUUCAUCCAUCAAAUAUGAAGGAACCUCAUUGUAAACUACCAUUUGCUGAUAAAGCAGCAUUUUCUAUUCCAACAGCUAUUGCUGCUUUCUAUUUACCAGUAACACUCAUGUGUCUUCUCUAUUAUCGUAUCUAUCGGGAAACAGUUAAAAGACGAAAAGAAUUACAUUUAUUACAAGCACAACAUUGUAAUCCAUCAUCGUGGUCAACAAUGAGUAGUAGUAACAAUACAAACGCCGUCACAAACACUACCGCACAUAUAUUAAAUGGUCGAACAACAAUCACGUUUGGAAAUGGUAAUCAACAACAUCAAUUAUCAACAUCCGAUCAACAAACGUUAGAAUUAGAUACAGAUGCUGUAUCAACAAAUUCUCAACAAGUUAAAUUAAAUAAUUCACUAGUCAUAACACAAGAUACUGAUCAACAACAAAGAACUUGUUGGAAAAUAAGCUGUUGUUCAAGGUGUUGUGAAAAUCAACAAAUAACUCUAAAUGACGACGAUUCGUCCACCGAUAGUCAACAACAACGUCCACAAAUUAUUACAAGUACGAGCAAUGAGAAUGGAAAAAUAUGCCUUGCUAGUGGACGUUCAGAGAAUAUUCAUGAAACAAACACAUUGAACAAGAAUGAAAGUUCGCCAACAAAAUCGUCGUUACUUUACGAUCCAUGGGUGAGACGAAUCGAUGUUUGCCCAUCGUCAACAGACGAACAAAGACUUUUUUAUAAUCGAAAUAAUACUGAUACCGAUUAUGAUACAUUGUCGUCAAAUAGACUGAAAAACAUACUUAUACCAGAAACGGUAAUAGAAGAAUGUCGAUCAAAUUUAGCUAAAAAAUCGUCAAGUUGUAUACGACGUGAUCUUUGUAGUCAAAAGAACAAUGAAAAUAUUACAUUAUUACAGAAACCAAAUUCAAAAGAUGUCACAACAACAUGGUCCCAUACUGAUCCUGUUGAUGGUGAUGGAAAUGAUCUAAAAGUCAAACGUAAACAGCGUCUACAUAGUUCAAGCGAUGAAGAUAAUGAAAGUAGUUCAUCACUAACAGACAAAGAUAAAGAUAUUGAAUAUGUUGAAUCGCGAUUACGUGGUCAAGUAUCACAGCAACAACAACGUCAUCGACAAUCGAAAAUUAAACAGCAAACUUCACCGGAUACAUCUACUUAUUCGUUGUAUAAUCAACCCGGAAAUGUUACUUCGAGUAUUAUUCAACAACAAAAAAAUAAACGUCUCGUUGCGCCUACAGAUUCUACUUCAUCUUGCCGACAAACUAAAUAUUUGUCCACUCGACCAUCACCAACAACGACGACUACUACACCAUAUAACGAAAUAACGCCGAUCGAUAACAAUCCCAUAAAUAUGUGCAAAUCCCCGAGUCUGAUAAAACUUUCACAAACAGAUAUUAGAAUAGAUAAUAAAAAUGAAAAAAAUAAUAAUUUAAAAAAUCCAGUAAAUGGGAGUGUUAAAACAACAAAACGUCGAGUAGAAAAAGUUAAAGAUCAAAAAGCAGCAAAAACAUUAAGUGCCAUUUUACUUGCAUUUAUUAUCACUUGGCUACCGUACAAUACAAAUAUAAUUAUCUCUACAAUCAAACCUGAUAUAUUUGCACAAGGUUUUCCAAUGUAUUGGGAAAGAUUUGGGUACCCGGGAAAAUUGUUAUAA